CAACUGCCCCUGCCUCGCCCGCUGCGAGCCUGCGACUGCCCCAACCUUGGUGUCUGCCUCUGCGUCUGCUCUGCGUAUGCCUCUGCCAACCGUAACUUCGCUGCUGCUGCUCCCUCCCGCGCGCUUUACUUCUGCUGCUCGUCGCUUGCUGUGAACACCACUGAAGCAUAGGCACCUGGCGUAGGCCAUACCUGCGUUCCUCCAAAGACGUUCUUUCUUUCUUUUUCAUAGCUUCACUGCAGCGGUCAUGCACGGUCGCCAAGGCAACGGGCUCGCAAACGGCACUUUCUCGAGUGUGUCUCUUAACGGGGAUGCUGACACAGCCGAAGUAGAGCACCUACGACGGCGCGUGAAGGAGCUCGAAGCCAGCCUGGCAGCCGCCUUAGCUGAGUCAGCAACCGCCAAAGCUGACCUGGCUUCCGUCAGCGCCAAGCUGGCAGCCGUCCGGCGGGAAAAGGAAGUCGCGGUGCAGGCUGCGGACCGUCGGAUCGAAACCCUAAGACGAGAACUAGCGGUUCUGGUAGACGAGCGGGAGGAGGACGCGGAAAUCAUAUCCCAGGGGAAGCGGAGCGUCGCGAGAGCGGAAGAAUACCUCCGCGCGUUGGACGUCGCUAAAGUGGAGGUUAAGAGAUUAAGACUGGAAAGGGAUCUGCUACAUGAGAGGAUACAGGCGCUGGAGCAUGGAGGCGGUGCGGGAGGGGCCAUGGCGACGGUCGGCUGGCUCGUGCCGCCGUGCCUGAUGCACGUGUCGGAACAUCCGAGGUUUACACCUGACACGCCUCGUUAACUAUCCUACUGACUUAGUUCGUGCCGGCAACAGAGGUGGCGGAGGGUGUUGAUGCGACGUAUGAUGACGGAUGACGACGGAGAAAUGUGGGUGCGCUCAGGGAGGGUUGGUGAAAGGCGGAUGGUUCCUGUCCCCCUGUGGUGGAUUGAUGUUCCUUUUCCCCGUUUUCGAUUAACUCUCAAGGUACUGUCGAAGAAAACGGCGGUGAUGGCGUGUGUUAUCCUGCCUGCCAGCUGCAGGUAGCAGCGAUUCAGCUCUGAUUCGUCUCAAUCAACUGACAUGGGGAUGGGGAGGUGUAAUGGUGGGGGUGAGGAGAUGCUUGGUGACUGCUGUUGGGAGGUACCUCCUGCAGAUUACAUGACUGGUUGAGCACGCAUCAGAGAUUUGAUUUUGUUCUCAUGCAGCUGCCAGUCAUUUGUUUCAGCUCAUUCCAAGGCAUAGGGGUAAACAAGCUGCCUUUAUGCAUGCUGGUUGUAAAACAAUUGCCAGUGGGUUGGUUGAUGGGGCUUGUUUGCUGCAGAAGGGAUGCGGAUGUGGUAUCGAGUCACAGGGGACCACUCUAUUAUUAUUAGCCAUGACCAUGACUAUGCUUGCCUAGGUGGGGUCAAAUGCCAUGUGGGGUUGUCACUUGUGUAAUGCUAUUUAUUAUUGUACAGAA